CUGCUGUUUCAACCAUCACUGAACUAAUGCAAACUGCUCCUACCACUGUCAUGUUACGUGGACUCCACCACCAGAAGCCACUGUAACUGGAUACACAGUACGCUACCGUCUUGCCAGUGGUAAUGGCGAUGAUGGGACUAUGACUGUUAGUCAAGGCUCCACCAGCACUCCAAUCAAUGAUCUCACUAACAGAGAGACAUACACCUUUUCAAUUGAGGCUACUGCCAGCAACAUGCUACCUGGAGUAUCUGAGGAGAUGACUAUUACACUGGCUCCUGACACUCCUGAAGGUGUGUUGACUGCUGCAGAAUCAUCCUCAGUCAUUGUGUCCUGGGGGGCAGUGGAUGAU